GACUAUAGUACUUUUCUUAUUCCUUUUGAUCUUUUUUGGGGAGGGUGGGUAACAGGGAGAAUAAUAAAUAAUUGAAUGAGCAAAAAUUAAUUUGGGGAAAACAUAGGGAGAUGAUCUCCUAUGGUAAUUCUAAUCCUUUACUGAGAAUACGACUUUCUAUAAGAAUUUCUCUCAAGGGAAGUGUGACACUGUACUUGUUUGUCCUCUUACCCAUUCUUUUUGGUGAUUUAGAACUAAUUUCUGUUUAAGAAUCAAUUGAUGUCAACUUUCCCCACUGAUACCCCAUAUGUGAACCAGUUGCAUAACUGCUUCCCGGGUCAUCUUCCAGUUCUGUAGAAUCCACACAUUAUGCCACAGCAACAGGGAAUGUGGUGGGAGGGACAGGAGAAAUGGGAAAAGAGUGAGAAAGGAUCUCUGUCUUGGGGGGGGAAUGGGGUAAUGUGGAGAAGGGAGAGGAGACCCCAAAGACUAUGCUGUCGGGGUUUAGGGGAAUCUAUGAUCUCUACUGGAGCCAAGUUUCAUUUCAAAGUCAGUCCUCUGUUUCCCUCCUCCCCUCCAGGCAAAAUGAAGCUGACCCUGGUGCAGAUCUUUUUCAUAAUGUUGCUGCUCCUGCUGGGCCUGGGGGUAGGCCUGGGGUUGGGACUUCAGAUGGCCGCAGCAGUCCUGGAGGAAAGUGAUCAGCUACUGAAUGAGUUUCAGUCCAGUGACUCACAUGACAAGGCUGAAGCCACUAGGGAGGGAGCGGGCACCCUUCGAAGCAUAGAAACCCUUAGCAACAAAGAAGUGGUGCAACUGGAAGAGACCAUCGUCAGUGAAGAUGAAGUUGGAGGAAACAAGAUGCUCAGAGCUGAGGCUCUCUUUCAGAGCAACAAAGACUAUCUGAGGUCUGACCUGAUGGACAGGGAAUGCAAUGCCCUGAUGGCACAGAAGAUGAAGCCGCACAACCACACAUGCAUACCCCGGUACAUAUUCAUCCAUGAGGAACUAGAGGCAGUCAAAGCUGUCUGUAAGAGUCCUGUUGUUGCCUGUGACCUCAAGGGAGGCAAGUGUCACAAAAGCUCCCGUCCUUUUGAUUUGACAAUCUGCAAGUUAUCCAAACCAGGCCAAGUCACUCCUCACUGUACUUACAUAACUUUCAUUCUUGAAAAGUACAUUUUAAUAUCCUGUAGUGACAUGAAAGUCCAGGUAACAUCUGGACCAUGAAGUAAGUUCUCUUCUGCACCUUCUCAUCUUUGUCUUCCUUUCCACUUCCUCUUUUUCAUGCUGUUUUCGUCCUUAGGUAUUCUGCAAAAAAGGUUUUGGGAAGAGAGGCUGGUCUAUUUUUUAUCCUAUUUGAAAAUAUAAAUCUUCUUUGCCCUAGGGGUUCACCCAACCUGCAUUUUUUUCCUGGGAUUAGAGGUGGUAGAAUAGGGUGAGGAUGUCCAAUCUCUGUAGGUUCUCUGUCUCUUAGAGUCUAUCUCUUGCCCUGGAAAGAGAUAAGUGAAGAACUGCUCUAGUCUCUCCUAUGAUCCUGGUUAUCAGUCUGUGCCCUGGUCUGGAGGCCUUUAGGUGUGGAUUACAAUAGUUUAAUGCAUCCUUUACCCACGUCCUUCCCUGCUACCCACGAUGAACCUCUAUGGCAAUCACAUAAGCCUCCUGGGCUUUCCAUGUAGCACUUCUCUGCUACAGAUGUAAAUUAAAGUGAUUCUAACUGUGACUGCGUCUGGAGAACCAUGUGGAUCAGGUUUCUUUUCCCGAACCCCUGGCUGUAGGGGUCUGCAGGUACGGUGCCAUGGUGGUGCAGACUGAGACAAAACAUGUCCUGGGGCAAAGACAGCACUCAUUUUCUUGACCCUUCUCAACCCUUUUCUUUUUCCUAUCAUUUUUUUACUACCUGCCAUUUUUUUUUUUUACAUCUUUAUUGG